CUUAAAUCCUUACAUCUUUAACAUAUUAUUACUUCGUAUUAACAAUGACUCAACUCCAUACUGCAUUAUUUUUCUUCAUCCUACUUCCCAUAUUGGCCUCAUGCGAUGAUGAAAAGGUUUAUAUAGUUUAUUUUGGAGAACACAAAGGGGACAAAGAAUUACAAGAGAUUGAAGAUACCCACCACUCCUAUCUACUGUCAGUGAAGAAAAGUGAGGAAGAUGCUAAAUCCUCUCUUCUCUACAGUUACAAGCAUAGCAUCAAUGGCUUUGCUGCUGUUCUCUCCCCUGAUGAAGCCUCCAAAUUAUCUGGGUUGGAGGAAGUGGUGUCUGUGUAUGAAAGUAAUCCAAGAAAAUACAGAUUGCAUACAACAAGGUCCUGGGAGUUUUCUGGGCUACCAGAGAUAGAAGCAGAAAGCACCCUGAAGAAAGAAGAUUUGCUGCUCAAAUCUAAUUAUGGGAAUAAUGUCAUCAUUGGGGUUCUUGACAGUGGAUUGUGGCCAGAAUCCCAGAGCUUCAGAGAUGAUGGGUUGGGAGAAAUUCCAAAAGCAUGGAAAGGAACAUGCCAAUCAGGAGAUUCAUUCAACUCCUCUAAUUGCAACAAGAAACUAAUUGGCGCCAAAUAUUACAUCAAAGGAUAUGAAAAGUACUAUGGUCCUCUAAAUAGAACACUUGACUACAAGUCUCCCCGAGACAUGGAUGGCCACGGGACACACACAUCCUCAACAGCAGCCGGCCGUCGAGUGGAAAACAUCUCUGCCAUCGGCGGUUUCGCCCCCGGGACGGCGUCAGGAGGUGCACCGCUAGCGCUCCUCGCCAUGUACAAAGUUUGUUGGGCUGUCCCGGGGCACGGGAAAGAGGAGGGCAAUACAUGCUUUGACGAAGACAUGCUUGCAGCCAUGGAUGAUGCAAUAAGGGACGGCGUGGAUGUAAUUAGUAUCUCGAUCGGAAUGACCCGGCCGAUGCCGUACAAUCAAGACUCCAUUGCGAUCGGUGCCCUCCAUGCAAUAAAAAGGAACAUUGUUGUAUCUUGUAGCGCUGGGAAUUCGGGUCCUAGUCCGGCUACGCUGUCGAAUACGGCUCCGUGGAUCAUCACAGUUGGUGCCAGCAGCCUAGACCGCAUGUUCGUGGCUCCCCUUUUGCUGGGGAACGGAAAGAAAUUCAUGGGACAAACUGUCACACCUUACAAGCUGGAAAACAAAAUGUACCCUUUGGUUUAUGCAGGCCAAGUGGUCAUGUCUAAUGUAUCAAAAGACCUUGUAGGGCAAUGCAUGCCGAAUUCUUUAUCCCCUGAAAAGACAAAAGGAAACAUUGUGGUGUGCUUGAGAGGGAAUGGAACAAGGGUGGGAAAGGGUGGGGAAGUGAAAAGGGCAGGUGGAGUUGGAUACGUACUCGCAAACAGCAAAGCAAACGGAGCCGAAAUCGCAACCGAUGCUCAUUUCCUUCCCGCAACCGCAGUGGGAUACAAAGACGGGCUUAAGAUUCUGAAGUAUGUACAAUCCACGAAGGAGCCGAAAGCCUAUAUCUUUCCUGCCCAGACAGUAUUGCACACUAAGCCUGCCCCCUCCAUGGCGGCCUUCACCAGCAGAGGACCGAGUAGUAUUGCACCUAGCAUCCUCAAGCCGGAUAUAACGGCACCAGGACUGAACAUAUUGGCAGCAUGGAGUGAGGAAUCGUCACCAACGAAGCUUGGCAUUGAUCAUAGAGUGGUCAAGUAUAAUAUCGAAUCGGGAACUUCAAUGUCAUGCCCCCAUGUGAGCGGUGCUGCUGCACUUCUCAAGGCCAUUCAUCCUCAUUGGAGUAGUGCUGCAAUCAGAUCAGCUCUCAUCACUUCAGCUGGAUUGAAAAACAACAUGGGGAAGCAAAUAACAGAUUCAAGUGGCCUCCCGGCAGAUCCAUUCCAAUUCGGGGCAGGACAUUUCAGACCAGCGAAAGCAGCAGAUCCCGGGUUAAUAUAUAACGCCUCUUACUCCGAUUAUCUUCUCUUCCUAUGCGCUAUUGGAGUUAAGGGCAUCAACCCCUCCUCAAAGUGUCCCAAACAUCCCCCAUCACCUUCCAGCCUCAACUAUCCCUCCAUCGCACUACCAAAACUCAACGGAACCGUGCUUGUCAAGAGAGUCGUCACAAACGUUGGCAGUGGUGCAAGUCUUUACUCUGCUAGCAUUACGCCUCCGUUGGGAUUUUCCAUUAAGAUCUCUCCUCCCGUCUUGUAUUUCAACCGCACUGGUGAGACGAAAAGAUUUACUGUAAUUGUUAAAGCACUUCAUGAUAUGAAGAUGAACAUGGUGAAAGAGGAGUAUAGGUUUGGAUGGCUUACUUGGAGUGAUGGGGUCCAUGUUGUAAGAAGUCCCAUUGCCGUGUCAUUGGUAUAGUAUCUAUGUUGGUAGUAUACUUCUCAUUAGAACAACUCAACAAUGAUGAUGUUAGUGGUCAUGGACUUUAUUCACCCCUUGCAUUAUUUAAAGUAUUUAUAGAAAAUAUAUUUCAUACACGAGAAAA